AUGGCUCACUCACACGGCGGGUCCGAUGGCAUGGCCGGCAUGGAUGGCAUGGGCAGCACAGACGGGUCGACCGGAUCGGCCGACUCAAUGGUGAUGACCAUGAUGGCAGUCUUCCAGACCAACAUCGCAACCUCCCUCUUCUCGACGCUAUGGACGCCGGCCAACGUGGGCGCCUACGCGGGCACGUGCAUCUUCCUCAUCGUGCUGGCGACCAUCAUGCGCGGCCUGCUGGCCGUCAAGGGCUGGACGGAGGAGCGCUGGCUGGACCGGGAGCUCAAGCGCCGCUACGUCGUCGUCCAGGGCCGACCCGCCCUGUCCGACGGCCUCGCGCGCGACUCCCUCUCCAAGCGCAUGGUUCUCAGCGAGAACGGCGUCGAGGAGGACGUCAUGGUCGUCGAGAAGCACAAAUACCACCAACGGCCGUGGCGCUUCAGCGUCGACCCGGUGAGAGCACUUCUGGACACUAUCAUUGCUGGAGUCGGCUAUCUCCUCAUGUUGGCUGUCAUGACCAUGAACGUUGGCUACUUCAUGUCUAUUCUCGGGGGCACGUUCCUGGGGAGCGUACUCUUCGGCAGAUACAACCUCACCUCGGCACAUUAA